ACAAAGUGAUGAGGAAUUCGGAAUUCCUGUUUACUAAAGAAAUUGACUGUGUGCGAGAAAUAUUUUAAUCUAUACCAACCCAUUGACUAAAUCAAGCGAUUGUUGACUACCAGCAUAUUUAUCUUCUCGAACAUAUAGGAGAAAGGGAAUGUGGUCUUGACACCGUAGUAACACGCUAGCAGCUGGCAUGGCCCAGCAGGUGGGUCACAGAUUCACAAUCUUGGAGGUCAAAAAUUGUGUGUUCAAUGCAGUCAAGCAGGAGCCUAGGAUGAGAGUACAUUGCAGUUUGGUAGGGACCAUGGAAAAGAAUAGGACCACAGAACAGGAAGAGGGACUACCCAAAAUGGCCACUUUUUAAAGAAAUAAGCCCAUAUGACUCUCGAUUUCACUGCAUCUUUCACUGCAUCUUUGUCUUUAUAGAAUACCCACUAGCGCACUUUGGCUUGCUUGGUUUAUGCACUUUGUAACUGGCUUGGUGGAUGUUUGGGCUAUCUGGGUUGUUCGGCAUUCGCGUGGGCAUCAGUUUUCUUUUCGGUACCGUCACUGCCCAAUAUGCCAUUUUUGCUUCCUUCCAAAUGCCUACGCAUUCUGAGCAAUCCCAAUGCCUUAGCCUAUCAGGGCAAUCACACCUACCAUGUAUCCAGUUUUGGUGUAUAACCGCAUUGAUCUUGAUCUCUUGUAUGGUGAAUGGAGCGCAAGGGUACGGUUCCAUGGCUUCCAUAACAGCAUCGUUUGGAGAAGAAAGUUUGUUUUGCGCCAUUGCAGCCAGUGGGAAACAGCAAGUCAUGUGUUGGGGAAAGAAUAGUAGUUCGGCAGCUACAGAUGCCACUUCAGGCCCAUCUCUGGCUGCUCUGUCAGGAGGAAGAGAAUUCAUCUGUGGACUCAAGGUCGGCACUUUCUAUCCUAUGUGCUGGAGGAGCAAUCUUACAGGUACUAAUCUUGUCCCUUUGAGUUACCAAAAUAGAAGGUACUCACACAUUGCAUCAGGGCAAAACCAUGUCUGUGGUAUUAGAAGCAGUUCGGAUGCAUAUCCUGGCAUGGUAGACUGUUGGUCUAUGCAAGAAAAAUCACCUAAAACGUCCUCUUCGGCCUUAUUCACCCCACCUUCGAAUCUCUCCCUGAUAUCCGUUGUUGCAGGGGAUGACUUUACCUGUGGAUUGAACCAAGAAGGAAGCGCAAUCUGUUGGGGUUCGCCAUCUAACAAUAUAACUACCCCUCCCCAAGAUAAAUUUGAGAGCAUUGUCUCUGGGAGCAACCAUGUCUGUGGCAUCUUGAAAGAAACUGCACAGGUCAAAUGCUGGGGUGAGUCCAUGAAUCUGAUCAUCCCUUAUCAGCAAACUAGGUAUAUGGCUCUGGCAGGAGGUGCAAAGCAUUCGUGUGGAAUCCGCUUAGAUAAUCAUGCAGUAGAGUGCUGGGGAAGCUUCAACCAGUCUUCCAUUCCCGGAAGCGUGGGAUUUCUGGCUAUAGCUGCCUCCAAUGUUGUGACAUGUGGUAUUAGGGAAGCUAAUUUGAUAGUGGAUUGCUGGGGCAGUGCAUCAGAUUAUGACCCACCUUUACAGCUUUGCAGUCCUGGUUUAUGCAGUAAUCAGCCUUGCCCAGUAAAUCAUUUUCUUUUCAACGUGAGUGUUCUUGGGUUGCCAGAUUUGAUGACGGUAUGUCUGAACAAAGAAGAAUAUAUCUGUUCCCCUUGUGCAGAUAAUUGCCCAAGUGGGUUUUUCCUCUCAAAUCCUUGUACUCAGACUUCUGACCGUGUCUGCACAUCUUGUUCACUGUGCCAAAACAGCUCUUGUCAAGCAGUCUGUGCAGAUGGUUCUCAUGGACCUUUCUCUGCAUACCCACCAUUGAAUUCACAGCAGCAACAACAGCCAAAUCUUAUACAGCAAAAGCAACCGCAUAUGACCCUCGCAAAAAUUCUAGGGGUAUCCAUUUCAGGUGCGUUUCUUUUAGCAUUUAUUGUAUGCUUUGUUCCCUGUUUAAUCAGGAGGAAAAGGGGGCAAAGCCAAUGGUUUUUUGGCAAACGGAAACUGGGUACUGAAAACCAACAAACUCAUAAUUCUCAAACAUCUUCGACUGCAAUUACAGCUCCUUGGCUUACAGCCAAUGAUUUGAUCCGUAUGCAAGCUUUUCGUCUUGCAGAACUUCGGGAUGCUACAAAUGGAUUUAAAGAGUUUAAUGAAUUGGGUAGAGGAAGCUAUGGAUUUGUCUAUAAAGCUGUUCUUCCUGAUGGAAGACAGGUUGCUGUAAAAAGAGCCAAUGCAGCGCGGAGAAUUCAUAGCAACAGUCGUGAUUUUGAAGCAGAACUUGAAGUUUUGUGCAAACUUCGCCAUGGCAACCUGGUUAACUUGUUGGGCUAUUGCGAAGAGAUGGGUGAAAGGCUUCUAGUAUAUGAAUUCAUGCCACAUGGAACUCUUCAUGAUCAUUUGCAUGGAGGUCUCUCUCCCCUCAGCUGGAAUUUGAGAUUGAAAAUCUCUAUACAAGCAGCACGAGGAAUUGAAUACCUUCAUAAAGAUGCAUUGCCUCCAGUUGUUCAUAGAGAUAUUAAGCCCUCCAAUAUUCUUUUGGAUGCAGAAUGGGGAGCUAGAGUUGCAGAUUUUGGGUUAACAAUAUCUGGAGAUAAAGGUCUUCCAUCUCCUAUGCAUGAAGGUGAUGCUGUAUAUAUUGAUCCAGAUUAUUAUAAAUCUCAGAGUUUUACAGAGAAGAGCGAUGUAUACAGCUUUGGUGUGGUUUUGCUUGAGAUUCUCAGUGGGAGAAAGGCAUAUGAUACAAGCUUUGAUCCAUCCAACAUCGUGCAAUGGGCAGUACCCCUGAUUAGUAAGGGAAAGUCAGCAACCAUUCUAGACCGAAUUGUGGAUCUGCCAAGAAAUGUAGAGCCUUUGUUAAGAAUAGCUGAUAUUGCAGAACUUUCUGUUAGGUUUGAUCCAAAUGAAAGACCAACCAUGUCAGAUGUGGCUGCAUGGUUAGAACAAUUGUCCAGGAAUAUUUCAUGGUAAAAUCAAUCAAUCCCGACAGUUUUGAGCAUUCUUUGAAGUUCGGUGGUCCUUUCUUUGAGAUCCUUUUGCCCCAAACUUCAAAGGCAACAGCAGAUGGGGUGUUUAAACUUUAAAUUCAGUUUCCAUAACCUGUUUUUCAGACCAAGAGCAGUGAGCUGUUUAUUGUAAUUUUUGAGUUUGCGAGAGGAACUGACAUAUUAUGUCAUUUGUACUAAAAUGGUACGCCUUGUAUGAAUUCUGUGCAUUCUGUCAAUUUGAAUUUAUAUAGCAUGCAUCUUUUUGUAACA